UGGACUGUUGUGCUUCUGGUUCCACUAGAUGGCGUCAGAUAUCAGAUCAGUCAGUUGCUCCAGACUGACCUUCAUGCGUAAAAUCCAAACAGACUUGACUCUUCCUGUGGACUCACUCAGCUGAAGCUGCAUCUCUUCAGACCAGACACCUCCUGGGUUGAACUGAUUUAKCCGGCAUGUAUUUAUGAGAGCAGAGGUUGCUCAUUAUUCUGGACUCCACUGUUAUAAAAAUGCACUUAUUCCUGCGCGCAGCUGCUGUUCUCCUUUUUACGCACGGCCUCGCUGGAGCCGCGCGCUCGGACAAAUGCGCCUCCCGGUGUGACGUGAGCUCGUGUCCGAGCCCCAGCUGUCCCGGCAGCGGGUACGUCCCGGACAGAUGUAACUGCUGCCUGGUGUGCGCGCCGCGCGAGGGGGACCCCUGCGGCCGCAGGAACGACCUGCCGUGCGGGGACGGCCUGGAGUGCAAGCUGCUCCCUGCGGGGAGGCGGCGAGGCACCAAGGGGGUCUGCCGGUGCAUGCUGGAGCACGAGGUGUGCGGGAGCGACGGGAAAACGUACGGGAAUGUGUGUAAGAUGAAAGCAGCGAGCCGGAAAGCCGCGAACAAGGGGAGAACUGCUGUGAUCCAAGCGCACAAAGGAGCGUGUUCACCUCCAGCCACAGAUCAGUCCCUGCUCCAUCCCAGCAGCCCUCGCUACAGGUUCAACUUCAUCGCUGAUGUAGUGGAGAAAAUCGUGCCUGCUGUCGUCCACAUCGAGCUGUUUUUGAGGCAUCCUCUGUUUGGUCGCCACAUGCGCCUGUCCAGCGGCUCUGGUUUCAUCGUGACCCACUCAGGCGUGAUUGUGACCAACGCUCACGUGGUGACCACGGCUGCCUCGGUGAGCGGGAGGCCUCAGCUGCGCGUUCAGCUCCACGAUGGCGACGCCUACGAGGCUGUGGUCAGAGACAUCGACAGGAAGGCAGACAUCGCCACCAUUAAGAUCAAUCCUCAAAAAAAGCUUCACGUGCUUUCUUUGGGCCCCUCGGCCGAUCUCAGACCCGGAGAGUUCGUCGUCGCCAUCGGCAGCCCUUUCGCCCUGCAGAACACCGUGACCACUGGCAUCGUCAGCACGGCACAGAGAGACGGCAAAGAGCUGGGCAUCAGGGACUCCGACAUGGACUACAUCCAGACCGAUGCCAUCAUCAAUUAUGGUAAUUCUGGAGGACCUCUUGUUAAUUUGGAUGGGGAGGUGAUCGGCAUCAACACUCUGAAAGUGACCGCAGGAAUUUCUUUCGCCAUCCCCUCAGACAGGAUCAGCCGCUUCCUCACUGAGUCGCAGGCCAAACACAGCGAAGAAAAGCUUAGGCUGCAGAGGAGGCGUGUGGAAGAUCCACAGUCGGAUGCAGAGUUAUCACAAGGGAAGAAAUAUUUUAUCGGCAUCAGGAUGAUCACAGUCACUGCAGCUCUGAUAGCUGAGCUGAGACAUCAGAACCCAGACUUUCCUGAUGUCAGCAGUGGAGUCUUUGUGCAACACGUCCUACCUAACACUCCAGCAGACAGAGGGGGCAUCAUGGCCGGAGAUGUUAUACUGAAGCUGAACGGACUGCCCGUCCACAAUAUCUCAGACAUCUACAACGUGCUGCAGAGCCAACGUUCACUUCUACUUGAGAUCCGCAGAGGAAAUGACGACUUACUGUUUAACAUCCACCCUCAGCAGCUGCUGCAUUAAAAACAGGACUUUUUUUUCCUGGUGUGAGAAGUUUACUGUAAGGAGUUGUUGAAAAACAAACUCGUGGAGAAUUUCACUAAUCAGAACAGUUUGUGUCAAACUCUGCUCAUGCAAUAAUGUGUAAUUAGUUACUUUUUAUUUGCAAAGGUGAUGAAUUCUUUCAUUUGUGCUUUGACAAAUGCAGAAUGCUUCUGAGUGGAAUCUGCUGUAGUUAACACUAAAGGUGCUUCAAAAAAAGUUUUUAAAGAAACAUCUGCACUGC